CCUGCACUCCAAGCGCAGGUUAACAAAGCCCCCACUUUGAAAGCCCUGCAGAUACAAACAAUUAAACAUAAAUAUAAAAGGCUUUCCUUCAAAUCUCUUUUUCGCACUCGGUUUCCAUGGAAGCUCGUUGGAGGACCUUCGUCAGCUUCAAUUAUCUUCUCAUCUUUGUCAUCUCGCUGGUUAUCUUUGAUGUUGCUAUUGUGGGUGCAGUAAUAUCAGACCAGGGACCAAUCAAAAGAGAACUUAAAGCUUUCCGUCCCUUGUUAGAUUGUGAAGGAUGCAACAAGAGACAGCUGGAGCAGGAUGCUUCUUUUGAUGGCAGGAUCAGUAAUCAUCCAGUUGAGGAUGUUGACAUAAUAGCAACGUACAGUGAUAACUCUGGCACCGUUCGAUUUGGUAAGAUGAAUAUGAGGGAUCUUUCUGCUUCAUGGGUCUUGGAAAAACGUACUGAUAAAGACCAUGUCGACAAGACUGCACAGACUGUGGAAGACUCAUCACAAGCAGUUAUGGGAGUUCAACUACAUGCUAAGAAUGAUUUGGGUCAUCAACAAUCUGGAGACGGUAGAAUCCAGUAUCUCGUGAAGUCACCUCUCACCCCAGAGAAGCACUCUCGUCAGAUGAUGCGACAACAAAGGAGGGAAAAUCGAACUGCUGAGCUCAUUCAACAAGAUAGAGAAACUGAUAACCAAACAGAAGCAAUCUCAAUCCAACGUUCCAAAAGCCUUGACACCACUGUCCUGGGAAAGUACAGUAUUUGGAGGAGAGAUUAUGAAAGUCCUAAUUCCGUGUCUACCACCCUAAAACUCAUGCGUGACCAGAUUAUCAUGGCCAAAGCAUAUGCGAACAUCGCUAAAUCUAAGAAUGAAACUGCUAUUUACGAAUCUCUUGUGGAACACUCCAGAGCGAGUCAACAUGCUAUUGGAGAAGCAAGUUCGGAUGCUGAACUCCACCCAAGUGCACUUGAUCUAGCAAAAACCAUGGGCCACAUUCUCUCUGUAGCAAAGGACCAAUUGUAUGAAUGCUCCAUAGUGUCAAGGAAGUUACGGGCCAUGCUUCAGUCAGCUGAAGGGAAUGUAAACUCACUGAAGAAAAAAAGUGCAUUCUUGAUUCAACUUGCUGCAAAAACAGUUCCAAAACCAUUGCAUUGUCUGCCUCUGAAGCUAGCAGCAGACUAUUACCUACUUGGUUAUCAGGGCAGAGAGUUCCCAAACAAACAAAAGCUUGAGGAUUCUUCUCUGUAUCAUUAUGCCAUCUUCUCUGAUAACGUACUAGCGACAUCUGUAGUCGUCAAUUCCACUGUUCUUCAUGCAAAGGAACCUGAGAAGCAUGUUUUCCAUAUAGUAACAGAUAAAUUGAACUUUGCAGCAAUGAGAAUGUGGUUUCUUAUCAACCCUCCUGACAACGCAACUAUCCAAGUGGAGAACAUUGAGAGCUUCAAAUGGUUAAAUUCUUCUUACUGCUCUGUGCUGCGUCAGCUUGAAUCUGCAAGGAUUAAGGAGUACUAUUUUAAUGCAAACAUCUCUGCUGGGACAGAGAAUCUCAAAUAUAGAAAUCCAAAAUAUUUGUCUAUGCUUAAUCAUCUUAGAUUCUAUCUUCCUGAAGUUUACCCAAAACUAGACAAAAUACUUUUUCUGGAUGAUGAUAUUGUGGUUCAGAAGGAUUUGACCCCUCUAUGGUCCAUUGAUCUCCAUGGGAUGGUGAAUGGUGCUGUGGAAACUUGCAAGGAGAGCUUUCAUAGAUUUGAUAAGUACCUCAACUUCUCAAAUCCUAAGAUCUCUGAGAAUUUUGAUCCAAAUGCUUGUGGUUGGGCUUAUGGCAUGAAUAUUUUUGAUUUCAAACAGUGGAGGAAGCAAAACAUAACAGGAAUAUAUCAUCAUUGGCAAGAUAUGAAUGAGGAUCGAACUCUGUGGAAAUUGGGUACAUUGCCACCGGGACUGAUCACUUUCUACAACCUAACCUAUCCGCUUGAUCGGAGCUGGCAUGUUCUGGGACUUGGUUAUGACCCUGCCUUGAACCUGACUGCAAUAGAGAAUGCAGCUGUCGUACAUUACAAUGGGAAUUACAAGCCAUGGUUGGAUUUGGCUGUCACCAAGUACAAGUCAUUCUGGUCUAGACAUGUAAAGUUUGAUAACCAUUAUCUCAAUCUCUGCAACAUAAGUGAUUAGAUAUUUCCUGUUCCUCCUCUUUUAUUCAUUUCCACGAAGGAUGGAUGGUUUCCUUCUUUUUAAGAAGAAUGAAUAGUCAUUGCUACAUUCUUUUCCCUGGAUAAGGGCCAACAAAUUGGUAUAUUCUAUCCCCUUCAAUGAAAAUUUCUUUGUUCUUUUAUUA